AGAUACGCCAAAAUGCCAUGGAAGACGCUAAUCACCAUUACGAAGUAUAGCGGAAAGCGUCUCUCGUCAGUGCUGCUACACAUUGUGUUCCGACUGUCCUUUGGCGGAGACACACUCCUGUCGCUGUGGAUAGAGUGGGUGUUGGGUGUUCAAGACCUGGAAGAGGAGCUCAAUCACAUACGCGAGUAUUCGGGCAUUGACCCGCGGAUCCUUCGUAAGUGUGGGGAUAUAGUAGAGAAGCACUACCCGUUUAACGCCGAGAAGUUCAGCUCACGCCAAAAUUUAAGUGAUCUGCUCAUCAGUAGUCUAGGUGAGCCAUCGCUAGACUGUGAGUUUGUGGAUGGCUUGAGCGAGCAGUCGCUGGGAAGCAUCUAUGCGUACCUGAAUCUAUUGGUGGACUUCAAAGACGGGACGGAUGUUCGGAAGAAACUGCUAGACGACAAGCGCGUGAUCCGUUUCGCCACAGAGAUGCUGGGCUUCGCAGAGGCCUUGUUCAUAGAUCUCAUAGUACACGGCAACAUGUGUGUGUUCCUCACCGAGCUGCAUGAUCUGCUCAAGCCCCUACUCAAGGGUGACCACGUCAAUUGCAAAGGCGAGAGACUCGAGGGCUUCUCGUACAUGUGCGAAACGGCCGCGGAUAAGCUCCUGCGCAGUGUGUUCAAGUUCAUCCACUCAGCCGUUAUCAAUGGCAAACAGGUGCAGCGCGUGCUGGUGUGGGUGCUGGACUCGUUCAGUCGGGGGCCUGUGGUACCCGAGUCGUGUGAGACUCUGAGUGAGCGACGAAGUAGUAGCGCGAGUGGCGGCUCUGGUCGGCCAAAGCAUAGGAAAAGUAGUUUCAAGAAGAAGUCGACUGGUAUAUCUACAGACAACCAGAGGCCGGCUCAUGGACCGAAUGAUGGGGAGGUGUUGAAUUUAGAAGCCAUGGUUGAGCAGACGUUUCCAGGCACUGCGCAGAGGGCGGAGUUGGAACGGGAAGUGGCCGAAGUAAUCGAUUUUUAUAAGUACAGCCGAAAGGGUGGAGAACCACCCAAAUUGGAAAGCCUGGAGAAGCUAGUCACACCCUUGAGACAGUGGUACAUGUCGAGGAUGUUAACUUUGUAAGUGUAGGUAGAUGGCCGGAUUAAGUUUUAGUGUCAAACUCGGCUGCUGACUCGUGCCGAUACCGUACGUUGAUGGGUUGGACUGAAGAUACUAUGGGAUGUACAUUGCGCUGGGUAAAUAUCCUCUCACAAGCAAGUUGGUAGGUAGAUUGUGAUUGUACGUGCCAGCCUCAUGUUUACUCAUAUGGUGUGGGGUAUAGAUUUCUCUUGCGUAAUCACGCUCGCACUUCAGGAUGUACACUCUCCGUCUAAUUUUGCAUAUGAAUGGUUGCCGCCCUCUUUUACAGUAUCAAUAGUGUUAUCAAAAGUGUCCCGUUUUAUAAACGGUGCGUCAUCGAUAUUGAGAGUAUUGUCUUGGGCGGCGAUUAGGCGACUGAAUACACUUCCCAAGACUCAUAAAAGAUACGAGACAUGUUUUAAGGGUGUCUGCUCCCGCGGUAGACCACUUCACGCAGGAAAGGAGAUAGACAGCACGUCGCUAGGCGCUCGCUGACCGAGCGCACACAACACAGUAGUUUAGAUUUACCGAACUGAAAGCACGGGAAAUUGGGUCAGGUCCCCGACUUUAAAAUCUGAAGCACAUUAGGGAGAAGAUACGCUUGUGCUAUGAAUUAGCAAUAUGUUCUGCUUCUGCGUCGUACAUUUUGAGUCCGAUAGGGGGACGCUGCCAAUGAGACAGAAAACAGAUGCACGUAACGAGUUAAUGUCAGCACCGUCCGUAGAGGAGUGCAAUAGCAAAGGAUAGUUUAUGCGAAUAAUAAUUUAGUGACCAACCGAACCAACAAAAUACGCCAACUGUGAAUAGCUCACAGGCGAUCCAGUAGUAACACCCAGAACACUUGAAAGGCUGAUAGUGCGAAUUAAUAAACAAAAAGUAAAAUCUU